AUUAGGUCGAGGCUGCGAGUCCUGCGUUUGAUGUUGCCUUUCUGUCACCAGGAAGGACAGAUAAGGGGAUUCUGCACAUACCUGUUGGCCCCGCUCACAGUGUAUACAUAGCACCCUUGACACUUGGAGCCAAACACACACAGCUACACUUGCUUGCACUCAAGAUGAGUCGGAGCGAAUGCAGCGGUAAAAUCCUCCCAAUCCUUCUCUGAACCCGAAGCGAUUCUUCUUUGUUCACACUGAAAAGUUUACAGAAUUGCAAUGAAUACAGCGCUUGUGGUGUCUGCGUCUCUUUUUCGACUGGUUCUCGUCCUGCUCUUCAUCCCUGGUCAUGCUUCACUGGCCAAAGUAUUUGGCAACACCUCAGUGGUGUAUCUGGGAUCUGCGUUUGUUGAUGAGGCUGUUCGGAGGGCGAUUGAGCUGACUGAUGCUGCGUAUGCCCGCACAAGUGAAAGGGUGAAGAUGUCGCUGUCUGAAGGCGCUCUGAGACCCAGUGACCUGCUGGCUCAGUUCAAACAGAUUGAAAGCAGAACCAGGACCCAGAUCCGGGCUGCUGAACUGCUGGACAACACAGUGGAGCUGAUCAGAGAGAUGGUCUACACUAACACCAUGAUGCAGCCCAACGCUUACGAGAUGCUGAAUGAAGAAGAUGUGGAGAAUUUGCUGCAUGUGACAGGCUGCUCCGCUGAGCUGAAGACGCCCAGCUGUCAGACAGACUGUCUCUCUGAGCGCUACAGAUCAGUCACAGGCGAGUGCAACAACAGACAACAUCCGAGAUGGGGGGCUGCUAAUAUCCCGUAUUCCCGCUGGUUGGCUCCAGAGUACGAGGAUGUGUGGGGGAUGCCCAGAGGGUGGGAACCAAAACACACCUAUCACAAUGCCAGCCUGCCUCCAGUGCGACUCGUGUCACAGGAAGUGCUGUUCACUCACAACGACAACAUCUCUGUGGACUCCACUCUGUCUCACUUGCUGGUGGACUGGGGUCAGUGGAUAGACCAUGAUCUGGUGCUGACGCCUCAGAGUCCAAGUACAGCCGCCUUCAAGACUGGAGCUGACUGCACCCACACCUGCAACCGAGACUCACCCUGCUUUCCCAUCCAGAUCCCACCAUCUGAUCCUCGUAAUGGGGUCCAGAGUUGCAUGCCUUUCUUCCGCUCUGCUCCCAGCUGUGGUGCUGGAGUUCUGCCUCAUCAUCAGCGGGAGCAGCUCAACGCCAUCACCUCCUUUGUUGAUGCCAGCAUGGUGUACGGCAGCUCCACCAGUCUGGCCUCUGCUCUCAGAAACCAAUCUUCUCCUCUGGGCUCAAUGGCCAUCAACUCCCAGCACUCAGACCACGAGCUCGCCUACAUGCCCUUCCUGCCUCGCCUCCAGGCUCACCUGGACCCCUGCGGCCCUCGCAACUCCACCACCUCAGGAACAUCAGACAGGUCUGCUCACCAACAGAACACCACAUCCUGCUUUCAAGCUGGUGAUUCGAGAGCCAAUGAACAUCUGGGAUUGAUUGCACUGCACACGCUCUUCCUGAGAGAGCACAACCGACUGGUCAAAGAGCUGCACCUGCUAAACCUUCACUGGAGCCCAGACACCCUCUACCAGGAGGCCCGCAAGAUCAUAGGAGCCAUUCAUCAGAUCCUAACAUGGGAGCACUACCUGCCACGGGUCCUUGGUGAGAGUGCCAUGUCUCAUCUGAUGCCUCCUUACAAGGGUUAUGAUCCCGACAUGGAUCCCAGCAUUGCUAAUGUUUUUGCAACUGCUGCAUUUCGUUUUGCUCACGUCACCGUGCAACCAGUAGUGACCAGAUUGGGGCCGGGAUAUAAUGCUAACUCCCAGUAUCCCUCUCUGCCGCUGCAUCACUCACUGUUUGCCUCUUGGAGGGUUGUGCAGGAAGGUGGUAUAGACCCAGUGCUGCGUGGCCUCCUGCUGUCUCCAGCCAAGCUGCAGACUCCCGGUCAGAUGAUGGUGGAGGAGCUGACAGAGAGGCUCUUUCAGGCACAGGGUGGGAUGCCUCUGGACCUCGGGGCCCUUAACCUCCAGAGAGGCCGAGACCACGGCCUGCCCGGAUACAGCUCCUGGCGAAGGUUCUGUGGCCUUUCUGUUCCCAACACCACACUGGACCUGGCUGAAAUUCUGGGCAACUUCACUUUGGCUCACAAAUUCCAACUCUUGUACGGGACACCUCACAACAUCGACGUGUGGGUGGGUGCCAUCUCUGAGCCAGCUCUGCCUGGAGGCCGAGUCGGACCGCUCCUGUCAUGCCUGCUCGCAAGACAGUUCAGAGCGCUGAGAGACGGUGACAGGUUUUGGUGGGAGAGGGAAGGAGUGUUCACCAGCGCUCAGAGGAAACAUCUGCGUUCGGUCUCUUUGUCCCGCAUCAUUUGUGACAACAGCCACGUCACACAUGUCCCUGCCGACCCGUUCUCACGCACCGAGACCUCAGAGGACAUGCUGGCCUGUUCCAACCCCCUCAUCCCUCACCUUGACAUCAGCUCCUGGAAAGAGCAGGACUCGGAUCCCCGCUGCGGUCCAAUACCCAGGAUUCAAUCUGGCUACUAUCUCCUCUGUAACUCUGUGAUCCUGUAUCAGUGUCACUCUGGCUACAAGCUGCUGGGAGCUUCAUCCAUCAGUUGUGAUCCAAACAGCCAGCAGUGGAGCCCAGCACCCCCAUCGUGUCAGGAUAUCAAUGAAUGUGAGGAACUGACUUCUUGUCCACAACACCUGGAGUGCCUGAACAUACCAGGGUCCUUUGUGUGCUCAGAGCCCUCUUCGCUGUCUGCUGUCUCCAUCGUCACCGCAGUGAUAGUGGUGUUUGGAGGCGUGGCCGUGCUGGUGAUGGGCAUGUUCUGUUUUCGAAGAUAUUUCCCCAAGAGAGAAGCGCUGGUGACUUCUGGAUGUUGCCAAGAGAAAAGUUAAUCAGUCCUUUGUAAGAGUUUGGUUGAUUUUUGUUGUAAUAUUCCUGUGAAAUUAUCAAAAUGUUUUUAAAUGUUCUUAUGUAUUUAGUUGACUAGCUGCAGUUUUUUUUUUUCAUCUUAAUUUAUAAGUAUCACAUGUGUGUUCAAUAAGAGUUCAACUUAUAAGAAAUUCAUCUUGAUUUUAUCUUGUCUCCUCCGUGCUCAUUGAUAAAUAGCAGGUCAAACUAUUUAUUAAGGUCUGCUGUAAUCUGUACAAAGAGGUCAUGAAAACAGCAGCUCAGAGAAGUCUUUCCAAUCCGGAAACUCAAAUCUUACUGGAAUGUCGGCUUCAUAAAGCCCCUCUGAGCUGGACACGGUCUCAGUAUUUCCUCGGUAUUCCUGCUUGAGAACCUGUUUGGCGUAUGUAAGUGUUAUGACCUUAUUCUAAUACCAAAUCUGUGACGUGCCCAGAGCAAACAUCACCCCUGGGUUAUCCGGUGUCACUGGGUUGAAAUUAGUUGAAGUGAUGAGUCAUCUUUCCUGAACAAACUUCCGGAGUCUCCCUCUGAUCUCUUGAUCAGAUUUCUAAUAAUAAAAGAGACAUGGAACAAAAGUGAUAGCUGGUAUACAAUACCUCGUGUUUAAUGGAGUUUUUACACAGGUGAUUAUGAGUACACUGAGGUCAGGAACCUCAAAGCCCUGCAUAAGGCUAAGAAGCAGUUAUUGCACGCUCUGACACGCUAUACUUUAUUUUUACCUUUAAAGAUUUUUGUUUAAAAAAAAAAAAAAAAAAA